AUGGAAGCGCCACUGUCUGAAAUAGAUCGGGAGGAAAAGCAAAGGGAACAGGCUGCUUGGCUUAUGAGGGAGCUGAACAAAUCCAUGAAGUGGGUAACGCUUUGGCCUUCAACUAUACCUUAUAGUUAUUUGGGACUAUUUGGUACCUUCCUUAAUUAUUUAGUGGAAAACCACCACAUAUGGGUAUGCUAUGGGUUCUGGGUAUCCUGGUUGAUUCACGUAGUAGAAGCCUUCUACAGUGUUAAGUUAUGCCAAUCUAAAGGAAUCACUGACCCGGCAGUUCAGUUUCACUGGUUCAUUCAGACACUUUUAUUUGGGUAUGCUUCCUUUGGUCUUCUGGUGUCUUACAAACCCUCAGCCAAGAAGCAGUACUAG